AUGGAGGUGGAUGCCGAGGAGAAGCGCCAUCGUACACGGUCCAAAGGGGUUCGAGUUCCCGUGGAACCAGCCAUACAAGAGCUCUUCAGUUGUCCCACACCUGGCUGUGACGGCAGUGGUCACGUCAGUGGCAAAUAUGCAAGACACAGAAGUGUGUACGGCUGCCCCUUGGCUAAAAAAAGAAAAACACAGGACAAGCAGCCCCAAGAGCCCGCUGCGAAGCGGAAGCCGUUUGCCGUGAAGGCCGACAGCUCCUCGGUGGAUGAGUGCUACGAGAGCGAGGGCUCCGAGGACGGCGACGAGAAGGAGGAGGAGGAGGAGGACGAGUUCUCAGACGACGAGGCCGAGCCCCGCGAGGAGGACGAGGAGGAGGACGAGGAGGGCGACCGCGAGGACGAGGAGGAGCUCGAGGAGGACGAGGAGGACGAGGACGAGCUCGAGGAGGACGUGGAGGACGAGGAGGACGAGGAGGACGACGAGGAGGAGGACGAGGAGGACGAGGACAAUGAAGACCAUCAAAUGAGCUGUCACAAUACUCGAAUAAUGCAAGAUGCGGAGAAGGACGACAACAACAACGAGGAGUAUGACAAUUACGAUGAGCUGGUGGCCAAGUCCUUGUUGAACCUUGGUAAGAUCGCUGAGGAUGCGGCCUACCGGGCCAGGACGGAGUCGGAGAUGAACAGCAACACCUCCACCAGCCUGGAGGACAGCAGUGACCGGAACGAGACCCUGGGCCGGAAAAGCGAGCUGAGCCUGGACCUGGACAGCGACGUCGUGAGAGAGACGGUGGACUCCCUGAAGCUGCUGGCCCAAGGACACGGGGUGGUGCUCUCGGAGAACCUCAAUGACAGAGCGUACGCGGACUCUCUGUCGCAGCAGGAUGGCAGGAACAUGAACUAUGUGAUGCUGGGGAAGCCCAUGAACAACGGGCUCAUGGACAAGAUGGUGGAGGAGAGCGAUGAGGAGGUGUGUCUGAGCAGCCUGGAGUGCCUGAGGAAUCAGUGCUUCGAUCUGGCCCGGAAACUGAGUGAGACGAACCCGCAGGACAGGACCCAGCCGCAGAACAUGAACAUCCGUCCGCAUGUCCGUCCAGAGGACGACUUCGCAGGGAGGACGCCGGACAGGAACUACUCCGACAUGAUGAACCUGAUGCGGCUCGAGGAGCAGCUGAGCCCCAGGUCUAGAACUUUCUCCAGCUGCGCAAAGGAGGACGGGUAUCACGAACGAGAUGACGACACCACCUCCGUGAACUCAGACAGGUCUGAGGAGGUGUUUGACAUGACCAAGGGAAACCUGACCCUCCUGGAGAAAGCCAUUGCUCUGGAAACAGAGAGAGCGAAGGCCAUGAGGGACAAGAUGGCGAUGGAGGCCGGAAGGCGGGACAAUGUGCGGUCGUACGAGGAGCAGUCGCCAAGACAGCUUCCCGGGGAGGAGAGGAAGCCUAAGUCCAGUGACAGCCAUGUCAAAAAGCCAUACUAUGAUCCCUCGAGAGCAGAAAAGAAAGAGAGCAAGUGUCCCACCCCGGGGUGUGAUGGAACCGGCCACGUAACCGGGCUUUACCCACAUCACCGCAGUCUGUCCGGAUGCCCGCACAAAGAUAGGGUCCCUCCGGAAAUUCUUGCCAUGCAUGAGAAUGUUCUCAAGUGUCCCACUCCGGGCUGCACAGGGCGAGGGCAUGUAAAUAGCAACAGGAACUCGCACAGAAGCCUCUCUGGAUGCCCUAUUGCUGCAGCAGAGAAAUUGGCAAAGGCCCAAGAGAAACACCAGAGCUGUGAUGUGUCCAAGUCCAACCAGGCCUCAGACCGAGUGCUAAGGCCAAUGUGCUUUGUAAAGCAGCUCGAGAUCCCUCACUACGGCUACAGAAACAACGUCCCAACGACCACGCCUCGCUCCAACCUGGCCAAAGAGCUGGAGAAAUAUUCCAAGACCUCGUUUGAGUACAACACUUACGACAGCCAUACUUAUGGCAAGCGGGCCAUAGCUCCCAAGGUGCAAACCAGGGAUAUAUCCCCCAAAGGAUAUGAUGACGCAAAGCGGUACUGCAAGAACGCCAGCCCCAGCAGCAGCAGCACCAGCAGCUACGCGCCCAGCAGCAGCAACAUGAGCUGCGGGGGCGGCAGCAGCGCGAGCAGCACGUGCAGCAAGAGCAGCUUCGACUACGCGCACGACGUGGAGGCGGCGCACAUGGCCGCCACGGCCAUCCUCAACCUGUCCACGCGCUGCCGCGAGAUGCCGCAGAACCUGUCCACCAAGCCGCAGGACCUGUGCACCGCACGGAACCCUGACAUGGAGGUGGACGAGAACGGGACUCUGGACCUCAGCAUGAACAAGCCACGGCCGCGGGAGAGCUGCUGCCCGGUCCUGACGCCCCUGGAGCCCAUGUCCCCCCAGCAGCAGGCAGUCAUGGGCAGCCGGUGCUUCCAGCUGGGAGAGGAUGACUGCUGGGAGCUGCCCGUGGACUACACCAAGAUGAAGCCUCGCAGGGCCGACGGGGGUGACACCGCCGAGGUCCCUCCAGAAGACUUGGACCCAUUCCAGGAGGCUCUGGAGGAGAGAAGGUACCCGGGAGAGGUGACCAUCCCCAGCCCCAAGCCCAAGUACCCCCAGUGCAAGGAGAGCAAGAAGGACUUAAUAACUCUGUCGGGCUGCCCCCUCGCCGACAGAAGCAUUCGGAGCAUGCUGGCCACCAGCUCGCAAGAACUCAAGUGCCCCACCCCUGGCUGUGAUGGCUCUGGGCACAUCACCGGGAACUAUGCUUCUCACCGGAGUCUUUCAGGUUGCCCAAGAGCAAAGAAAAGCGGCAUCAGGAUAGCACAGAGCAAGGAAGACAAAGAAGACCAGGAGCCCAUCAGAUGUCCCGUUCCCGGGUGUGAUGGCCAGGGCCACAUAACCGGGAAGUACGCCUCCCAUCGAAGCGCGUCGGGGUGCCCCUUGGCCGCCAAGAGACAGAAGGACGGGUACCUCAAUGGCUCGCAGUUCUCCUGGAAGUCGGUCAAGACGGAGGGCAUGUCAUGUCCCACGCCAGGCUGUGACGGGUCAGGGCACGUCAGCGGCAGCUUCCUCACACACCGGAGCUUGUCGGGGUGCCCACGAGCCACGUCAGCCAUGAAGAAGGCGAAGCUGUCGGGAGAGCAGAUGCUGACUAUCCGACAACGGGCCAGCAACGGCAUAGAAAACGAUGAAGAAAUCAAACAGUUAGACGAAGAAAUCAAGGAGCUCAAUGAGUCCAACUCCCAGAUGGAGGCCGACAUGAUUAAACUGAGAACUCAGAUCACCACGAUGGAGAGCAGCCUGAAGACCAUCGAAGAGGAGAACAAAGUGAUCGAGCAGCAGAACGAGUCUCUUCUCCAUGAACUGGCCAACCUGAGCCAGUCCUUAAUUCACAGUCUAGCUAAUAUCCAGCUGCCACACAUGGAUCCAAUCAAUGAACAAAAUUUUGAUGCAUACGUGACUACUUUGACGGACAUGUAUACAAAUCAAGACCGUUAUCAGAGCCCAGAAAAUAAAGCCCUCCUGGAAAAUAUAAAGCACGCUGUGAGAGGAAUCCAGGUCUGA